UUUCACUCUCAAUUUGACCCUUUAAAUUUCUUUUGUUUUUUUUCUCUCUCUAAAACAUACAUAUAUAUAUAUAUAUAUCAACUUCUUUGAUAAAAUAUUCUCUUCUAGCUAUAGCUUACAUAUUUUGUCUUCUUCAUCAAGUGAAAGUGUGAUUUAAUAUAUAUUAAGCAUGAAGAGCAUAUCGAUUCUUCAACUUAAGAUCAACACAGCUUUUCUAGUGAUUUUCUUUGUGGCUAUUAUUAUGAUGAUUAGUACCAGCUUUGGCUUGAGGCCUCAUCAUUACAUGCCAGUUAGCUCGCAACGUGAAGGUGGUGAUGGUAUUAACAACAAUGACCCCAACUUACAUCCUAAUAAGGAAAGAGAUGAAUUAGGAUUGGGGAUGGAGAUGUACCCAACAGGAUCAAGCUUGCCUGACUGUUCACACGCUUGUGGGCCAUGCUUCCCAUGCAAGAGGGUGAUGGUCAGCUUCAAGUGCUCUGUCGAGUCUUGUCCCAUUGUCUACAGAUGUAUGUGCAAAGGCAAAUAUUACCAUGUCCCCUCCAAUUAGUUCAUCAUCAUUUCGUAACCAUUACUUAAUUAAUUAAUUUAUUACUUAUUAAUUAGUACUA